GGAGCUGGAGCUGACGCGUCGCGGAGGAGGAGCCGAGGCGCGGGACCAGACGCCCGGGGCGGAUCGUCGGCUGCCGCUGCAGGCCUCUAAGGUUGGAAAACAUAAGAAGUGUUACUGUUGACCAUACUAAAUUUUGUGCCUUGGACAUCUGUGCUAAGUGAAGGACCCUGCACCCACUACUAAGUGAUUACCAUGGGCCUACUUGCAUUUCUGAAGACUCAGUUUGUUGUACACCUGCUCAUUGGGUUUGUCUUUGUUGUAAGCGGGCUUAUCAUUAAUUUCAUCCAGCUGUUCACCCUUGUCCUCUGGCCUAUCAACAAGCAAUUUUACCGAAGAGUAAAUUGUCGCCUUUCCUACUCACUAUGGAGCCAGUUAGUCAUGCUUCUGGAAUGGUGGUCAGGCACAGAAUGUACUUUAUUCACAGAUCAGGAAACUGUGGACAAGUUUGGAAAAGAGCAUGUGGUCAUCAUCCUUAAUCACAACUUUGAAAUUGACUUCCUAUGUGGCUGGACCAUGUGUGAACGAUUUGGUGUGUUGGGGAGCUCUAAAGUCCUGGCUAAGAAAGAACUGCUUUAUGUGCCCCUUAUUGGCUGGACGUGGUACUUUCUAGAGAUUGUAUUCUGCAAAAGAAAGUGGGAAGAAGACAGGAAUACUGUUGUUGAAGGAUUAAAACGUUUGUCUGAUUAUCCUGAGUACAUGUGGUUUCUCUUGUAUUGUGAAGGAACUCGAUUUACAGAGACAAAGCAUCGAAUUAGUAUGGAAGUGGCUGAAUCUAAGGGAUUACCCAAACUCAAAUAUCAUUUGUUGCCCAGAACCAAAGGCUUCACCACUGCAGUCCAGUGUCUCAGGGGAACAGUUGCAGCAGUCUAUGAUGUAACACUCAAUUUCAGAGGAAACAAGAAUCCAUCAUUACUAGGGAUCCUUUAUGGAAAGAAGUAUGAAGCAGAUAUGUGUGUGAGGAGAUUUCCUCUGGAAGAUAUCCCACAGGAUGAAAAGGAAGCAGCAAAAUGGCUUCAUAAACUUUAUCAGGAGAAGGAUGCUUUACAAGAGAUAUACAAACAGAAAGGUGUGUUUCCAGGGGAGCAGAUUAAACCCACCAGAAGACCAUGGACCCUCCUGAAUUUCCUCAUAUGGGCAACUAUCCUUCUAUCUCCUCUCUUCAGUUUUGCAUUUGGUGUUUUUGCAAGUGGAUCACCCCUUCUGAUACUUACAUUCUUAGGAUUUGUUGGAGCAGCUUCCUUUGGAGUCCGUAGACUGAUAGGAGUAACUGAAAUAGAGAAAGGUUCUAGCUAUGGAAACCAAGAAUUCAAGAAAAAGGAAUAAUUAAUCGCUACAGAUUGAACAUGUGUAACCAGAUGGUGUGGUAUCAAAUUAACUUAAUUAAAAACAAAACAACAGAAAAAAAACACUUAGAAACUAUCUUUUUUCUUAUUAACUGGUGACUAACAUUAAUAAAUAAAACUUGAGCCAAGAGUAAAGAAAUUGGAACGAUUGACAGAAGAAGAACAUCAACUUUCUACCUGUGUUCACAAUGUAAGGAUCUCAAUGUAAUUCAAACUUUGGAAGAAAUCUGGGCUUAAACAACUGGUAAUGUUUUGCUUUGUCGAUAAGAAAGGGCGAUGUCAGGGACAUUUGAAUUCUCCAAAUGACCAACCUCACAAAAAUGUGAUUUUUUUUUUUAAAGAAGCCUGUGCUUAAAGGAGAAAGCUUGUUGGAUACUUUCUCUUAAAGUUCAUGUAGUUCUUUAAAGAAAAGAAAAGAAAUGGGGGGGAGGGCAUUCCAGCAAGUUUUCCUGUUCUCUCUCCCUCCUUUGAUCCUCAACAAGCUUUUCCCCAGAGGAAAAAAAAAAGUACCUCGUUAAAUGAAUCAACAGCUGUCCCUUCAAUGAAGUUUUGAAUAAAGGGUCAUGGGAACAGAGAGUACCUGGCCUCUUCUGCUCUGAUUUUCAGGCAGUACUUGGUAGCUUCUAUACUAUGGAAGGCACCUAUGAAGAAAUAUCUCUCUUAGUGAUAAGCACAUAUUGAUGGAUUGAAACUGAGUAGAGUUUUUUCCUUUCCACUUGUCUUAGUUCAAUGCCUUUCUUUUCUAGAGCUAAUGUUUGCCCCAUUUUCUAAAUGCAAAAAUGCAUUUUAUAAAUACUUAUGCCAUAGAUACAAUGUUUUUGAAGCAAGGGAACCCUGGGAAUUAUAUCUAUAAAAAGAGAAUUAUUUACUCAAUAGUUUUGCAGCCCUUUUUUCAUUUCUCUGCUUGUUACUACUAGAACCCCAUAUUUCUCUACCAUUGUACCCAGGGGUAGAUACAUUGCAUGGAUUUUCUUUAUCAAUGAGCAAACAUCAUAAAGUAGCUUAAUUACUUUUCCUAUAUGCUGUACAGUCUAAGGAAGAGCACACAUACAGAGAUUUUCUAUAAUGUGCAUUGGAGGCAUUCUUUGUUACUUAUAUCAAAUCUGUAGGAUGCCCUGUAAGUAGUUAUGUCACCAUUGAGCCUCUUUCUGUCAUAGGUAGAUGGAGAUACUGAAGACUGGUUUUUUGGGUUUUUUUACUUUUAACAUACAAAACAAAUGAAAAUGUUGAUGAAUUUUGAUUUAUUGCUGAAAAUCGAAGGCAAAGAAUUUUACUUUUUUGUUUAUUCUUUUCCUUUACCCAUGCCCCAAACAUGUAUGACAUGUUAUGUUCCUGGAGGCAGCCCCUCAUCGUAUUUGGGUAGGGUAGUCAUUAAUACAUUAUGAGUGAAUGGAUGCAAAUUAUUUUGUAGCAUUGAAGAAAUCGUGUCUAAACCCAAGUUAAAUCUUUAUCUCAGUUGCAUAAAAAUUAGAAUCCUUAAUGUUCUAAUUGGUGUUGAAGGUUAAGAGUGAAAUAUUUUAAUUUUUUUCUGUAUAAUCCUGAGUCACAUUAUUUCCCCAAAGUAUUUCCUUUAACUUAUGGCAUUAGGUAAAGAUUUUAGGUCUUCAGGUAAACUGUUCCUCAUUGGAGUUGCUUAUUAUACCACCUAUCCCUAAAAUAUGAAGUCUCAUGGAGGUGGCAGGGGAGAGAUUAUCUCAGAGUAAGUGUAUCUCACUCUUCCAGCCAAUCCAUUUCUCCCUAGCAAAGCACUGUGUUACCAGUCCUGCCUUUAUUGACCUUUUUCUCAUAUUUUCUAGUCACCAUUCCUGUCCACCAUAGAUAUUGUUAACAUUUUCUAUCACCUUCUAAGGAAAAAAAAAUGAAUGUUUCUUUUGAUAUUUUCAAACCAGAAUUCAAAACGGAUUGAAUUUUUGGGGAAAGCAGAAGGUAGAGGGAAGGGGAAAAUUAAAGCAAAUUGAUAAAGCAAUUCUAUAUUGGCCAAUGCUGUGUGUUAGGAAGAUGUUAGUGAGGUCAUAUAUUUUCUUUAUGAAGAAGAUAUUAAACCUAUUUAUAUUUUCUUGAUAACUUCAAUGGAAGGAGGCAGGUAUAGUAAAGGUUGCAUACCAACUACAUUUUAAUCUUAUUCACAAGCUGUGGUUUUUUAAAACAAAUUUAUUGUUGAGGUGAAGAGGAAAAACUCUUUUUCUUCUGUGCUCCUCUAUCUUCGCAUAUUUCUCCCUUACUUUUCUUCCCAACUAACCUGGCAAUACAGUACUGUGAAUAAAUAGAGACUACUUUUAUUUUUUAGAUUUUCUUUUCAUGAUACACUGUUUCUGUGUGAAUGUAUUUAAGAUCUUUAUAUUAUCAUUUGCUAAUUCUUCCCUUCUAAAUAGUCAUAUCUGGAAAGUUUCAAAGAAAAAGAUGAGACUAAAAAGUUCAAUCGUGCAGAGUAUAUUACACAAGGAAUAAAAGCAACAUGGUAUUUUUUCUAUUUAAUUGACAUUUCUUAUUUCCCAGAUAGAUGUUUUUUCCCUUUUAAAUUAAAAUACUAUGUAUAAAUGGACAUUGAUUCAGUAAAUGAAUAAUGAAGAUUAGGAGUUUGGAUUGACAAAUGAAACAAUGGGCAUAGAUUUUUAUAUCUUACACUAUUUUCUUCUUAUUUAAUAAAACAUGGCUUGUACAUUGGACUACCAAGCCCUCUAAAAGCAAUAAUAAACAAUAUCACGAACUAUA